CCGCCGGUGCCCUCGGAGCCCCGGCCCUCCCACCGCCGUAUAAAGCCCGGGGCGGGCGGCAGCGCCCAUCGCUCCUGCCCGCCGCGGAGGAGGAGGAGCAGCAGCGGUACCGCGCCGCGGCGGCCCCCAGGCACCGCUUUCCCUUCUGGUUUUCCACGCCCGCCCCUCUCCCCCCGCUGUCGGGGGCUGGUGGCGCGGGCAGGCCGGCGGGUGCGGAGGGGGAAGAUGGCGAGGAGCGGCGCCCGGUGGCCGCGCCUCCUCCUGCCGCCGCCGCCGCUGCUGCUGCUGCUGCUGGCCCUGGCGCUGCGGGCGGCGGCGGAGCGGCGCCCCGGCCCCGCAGAUAAACUACUAGUCUUUACUGUAGCAACUAAAGAAACCGACGGCUUUCACCGUUUCAUGCAAACUGCAAAGCACUUCAACUACACAGUGAAGGUUCUUGGAAAAGGUGAAGAGUGGAAAGGUGGUGAGCUGCCUAACUCUAUUGGUGGAGGGCAGAAAGUUCGAUUGCUGAAAGAAGGCAUAGAAAGCUAUGCCGAUCAAGAGGACUUGGUUGUAUUGUUUGUUGAAUGCUAUGAUGUUAUCUUUGCUGGGGGCCCUGAAGAGCUCCUAAAGAAAUUUCAGGAAACUAAUCAUAAAGUGGUGUUUGCAGCAGAUGGACUAAUUUGGCCGGAUAAAAGGCUAGCUGACAAGUAUCCUGUUGUCCGGAGUGGAAAACGAUUCCUGAACUCAGGAGGAUUUAUUGGUUAUGCUCCAUAUAUAAAUCGUAUUGUGCAGCAAUGGAAUCUGCAGGAUAAUGAUGAUGACCAGCUGUUUUACACCAAAAUCUAUGUUGACCCAUUGGCAAGGGAACGCAUUAACAUUACUUUGGACCACAAAUGUACAAUUUUCCAGACCCUAAAUGGAGCUGUUGAUGAAGUCCUUUUGAAAUUUGAAGAAGGAAAAGUAAGAGCAAGGAAUUCAGUGUAUGACACACUACCAGUCACCAUUCAUGGAAAUGGUCCAACUAAAAUUCACUUGAAUUAUUUGGGAAACUAUAUUCCUAAUGCUUGGACACGGGAAACUGGUUGCAGUGUUUGUGAUUUAGACUUGUUAGACCUGUCAACAUUAACGGAAUAUCCAAGAGUAAAAAUUGGUGUUUUCAUUGAACAACCAACUCCUUUCCUACCUAAAUUUUUAGACAGACUGUUGACUCUGGACUACCCACGGGAGGCACUCAGUAUCUUCGUUCAUAAUAAUGAGGUUUACCAUGAAAAGCACAUCAAGAAAUUCUGGGAAAAAGCCAAGAAUAUUAUCAAAAAUAUAAAAAUUGUUGGACCUGAAGAAAAUCUGAGUCAAGCAGAGGCCCGAAACAUGGGAAUGGACCUUUGUCGCCAGGAUAAAGCAUGUGAAUAUUACUUAAACAUAGAUGCAGAUGUUGUGCUGACAAACCCAAAAACUUUAAGAAUACUGAUAGAACAGAACAGAAAGAUAAUUGCUCCACUCGUAACUCGUCACGGGAAGCUUUGGUCCAAUUUCUGGGGUGCUUUGAGCCCAGAUGGCUACUAUGCCCGAUCAGAAGAUUAUGUUGAUAUUGUCCAAGGGAACAGAGUAGGAGUAUGGAAUAUCCCUUACAUGGCUAAUAUAUACUUAAUUAAGGGACAAACUCUCAGAUCAGAGAUGAAAGAAAAGAACUACUUCAUGCGUGAUAAGUUGGAUCCUGAUAUGGCACUCUGCAGGAAUGCCAGGGAAAUGACUUUACAAAGGGAAAAAGACUCCCCUUCUUCGGAAACAUUCCAUAUGCUCAGACCCCCAAAGGGUGUUUUCAUGUACAUUACCAACAGACAUGAAUUUGGAAGACUUCUUUCUACAGCCAAUUACAAUACUUCCCACUACAACAAUGACCUCUGGCAGAUAUUUGAAAAUCCUGUGGACUGGAAGGAAACUUAUAUAAAUCCAAACUACUCAAAGAUCUUCACUGAUAAUAUAGUAGAACAGCCAUGUCCAGAUGUGUUUUGGUUUCCCAUAUUUUCUGACGCUGCCUGUGACGAACUGGUAGAAGAAAUGGAACAUUUUGGACAAUGGUCUGGUGGAAAACACCAGGACAGCCGUAUUUCUGGAGGUUAUGAAAAUGUCCCAACUGAUGAUAUUCAUAUGAAGCAAAUCGGACUGGAUAAUGAAUGGCUGCAUUUCAUAAGGGAGUUCAUUGCACCAGUAACGCUGAAAGUGUUUGCUGGCUAUUAUACCAAGGGGUAUGCUUUACUGAAUUUUGUUGUGAAAUACAGCCCUGACAGACAACGGUCACUCAGACCUCAUCAUGAUUCCUCCACGUUCACAAUCAACAUUGCUCUCAACAAAGUAGGAGAGGACUUUCAAGGAGGUGGAUGCAAAUUUAUUAGGUACAACUGCUCCAUUGAGUCUCCCAGGAAAGGAUGGAGUUUCAUGCACCCGGGAAGACUUACACAUUUACACGAAGGACUUCCUAUCUUGAAUGGCACAAGAUACAUUGCAGUAUCAUUUAUUGAUCCUUAAUUUUAUUUUUUUUUCCCCUCUUCAACAGCAGUGUUCUUUACACAAACAUUUAUUUAUAGAUUUCUUCUGGAAGAUGGUGAUAAAAGAAACUUUAAGUUCUUGUACCUACGCAACAAAGGUACUUUGGGGAAAAAGAAUGAAAAACAGAAAAUGUUCUGAUAUUGUUGAAGAUUUCUCGAUAUCUGCUCUGAGCCUUCAGUCACAAAUAAACGUGUCCUGCUUGUUUUUCCAUUCUGCUGACCUAAAGAGUAGGUAAGGAGGGCAAAUGGAAAAGCACAGUGAAUCCAUGUCUUCGUUGAGAAAAAAACAAACCCAAACAACUCUAGAUACAAAAUCAUCGGAAAAAAUUGUUGUGGUUUUCGUUCAGUAAAGCGACACAGCUAAAGUUUGUGUGGUCUGUAUAUUUGGUACCAAGCAGUGAAAAAUCACAACAUAAAAACAAAAUGAAGUGCAUCUUGUUUACAGUUGUUUCGGAUAAGCAAUAAUUGCAUAUGCCGGUAUAUACUGAAGGGAAAAUAUCCCCGUAGCCUGUUUCCUUAAUUCAUUUUCAAUACUGAAAUGUACACCUUUAGAAGAAAAAAUAAAUUAAUUGCAGAGAUAGAACAAGGAUUAAAUCAUUUAUCCAGGGGAAAAAAUGGUUUAUCAUUUGUUUUUGAGAACUCAUCCUGUUGAAAACUUACUUUUCUUCAGCAAGUGACCUUCAUUUAAAGUGAGUUAUUUUUCUAAGUGUGUAAUUGCACCCAAUUGAUACUGGAAAUUUGAUGUUUAUUUUCAGAAUGCUGGUAAAUUGUAAUAAUAGGAUGUUUUGUAGAGACAAUUUUCUACUCUUAAAAUUACUUGAAUUUUGUAUCAGGAAGAUGAAAUGGUGGCAGUCUCUCUUUAAAGCUAAGGGUCUUAACUUGACAUUUAUUUUAAAGAAAUUGGUUUAAAAUAUUCCUACUGUAUCUACUGUUUGUAAUUUAAAGAAACUUGAAGCUGUCUCAAAGUCUACAGUGCCAAAAUGCACAACAUGUUGGAAAAACUUGUGAAAAAUAAAGGGUAAUUUUAAAUUAAUGUAACAGCUGUUACUUGACUGUAUUAGAUAGUUUCUUUGCAUUUGCCACUGUUUUACAGAAACUGGACUUACUGACAAGUAUUUUCUAACGAUCUGUAGAUACAUUUAGAUGGGAGGUUUCUCUAAGUGUAGGGUUUUGGUUUAUUUACUACUGAAAUUAUUUCUUAUGUGUGUUGGUGCCUGUGUACCAAGCCUUGCAUUACAUUUUCAGACCAACCCCAGCAGGAGUGAUAAUUCUUGGUAUUGUUUUUAUAUAGAGGCUAUUUGAUGAUCUAAACAGUAUUUACUUUUUACCUGUGAAUCUUUGAAGAAGUUUUAUAUCACAUUUCCCAGACAGAAACUUUAUUUGCAGCUGACAGGACUUGGAGAGGGUUUCAAAGAUUUUUCGUUUACUGAAUAUAAGCAUGUCUGCUUAUUUCCAUGCUCUGCAUUUUUCUGUACUUAAAGUUAUGCUGAAGCAAAUACAUCAAAGUGAGGUAACCUCAAAAAUGUAUUAAAAUGGGCUGGCUUGAAAAGGAA